UCAGUCCUGGUCAUCGUACUCUGUAAAUAUGUCCAAAGGGACUGCUGCCAGUUUUAGCCUCUGCUGCCCCUCCUUGCUCUGAGAACUUUGUCGGGCCUGAUUCAUAAGUUCAUCCUCUCGCUUCUUGAGAAGAUGCAGACACAGGAGAUCCUGAAGAUACUGAGGCUGCCUGAGCUGGGUGACUUGGGCCAGUUUUUCCGCAGUCUCUCGGCCACCACCCUCGUGAGUAUGGGUGCACUGGCUGCCAUCCUCGCCUACUGGUUCACUCACCGACCAAAGGCCUUGCAAUCACCAUGCAACCUCCUGAUGCAGUCAGAGGAAGUGGAGGACAGUGGUGGGGCCCGGCGAUCCGUGAUUGGGGAUGGACCUCAGCUGCUCACCCAUUACUAUGAUGACGCCAGGACCAUGUACCAGGUGUUCCGCCGUGGGCUUAGCAUCUCAGGGAAUGGACCCUGUCUUGGCUUCAGAAAGCCCAAGCAGCCUUAUCAGUGGCUUUCCUACCAGGAGGUGGCCGACAGGGCUGAAUUUCUAGGGUCCGGACUUCUCCAGCACAAUUGUAAAGCAUGUACAGAUCAGUUUAUCGGCGUUUUUGCACAAAAUCGGCCAGAGUGGAUCAUCGCGGAGCUUGCCUGCUACACAUAUUCUAUGGUGGUGGUCCCACUCUAUGACACCCUGGGCCCUGGGGCUAUCCGCUACAUCAUCAACACAGCCGACAUCAGCAGCGUGAUCGUUGAUAAACCUCAGAAGGCUGUGCUUCUGCUAGAGCAUGUGGAGAGGCAGGAGACUCCAGGGCUCAAGCUGAUCAUCCUCAUGGAACCGUUCCAGGAAGCUCUGAAAGACAGAGGGCAGGAGUGCGGGGUGGUCAUUAAGUCCAUGCAGACUGUGGAGGACUGUGGCCAACGGAAUCAUCACAUUCCUGUGCCCCCAAAGCCCAGUGACCUCUGCAUUGUGUGUUUCACGAGUGGCACGACAGGGAACCCAAAAGGGGCAAUGCUCACCCAUGGAAACGUGGUGGCUGAUUUCUCAGGCUUUCUGAAAGUGACAGAGAGUCAGUGGGCUCCCACUCGUGCGGAUGUGCACAUUUCCUAUUUGCCUUUAGCACACAUGUUUGAGCGAAUGGUGCAGUCUGUCGUCUACUGCCACGGAGGGCGCGUCGGCUUCUUCCAGGGAGACAUCCGCCUCCUCUCGGAUGACAUGAAGGCUCUAUGCCCCACCAUCUUCCCUGUGGUCCCACGACUGCUGAAUCGGAUGUAUGACAAGAUCUUCAGCCAGGCAGACACACCAUUAAAGCGCUGGUUCCUGGAGUUUGCAGCAAAGCGUAAACAGGCUGAGGUCCGGAGUGGAAUCAUCAGGAAUGACAGUAUCUGGGAUGAACUCUUCUUUAAUAAGAUUCAGGCCAGUCUUGGUGGGUGUGUGCGGAUGAUUGUUACUGGAGCAGCCCCCGCAUCACCAACAGUCCUAGGAUUCCUCCGGGCGGCUCUGGGCUGCCAGGUUUAUGAAGGUUAUGGCCAAACUGAGUGCACAGCUGGAUGUACCUUCACCACACCCGGGGAUUGGACCUCAGGGCACGUAGGGGCACCUCUGCCCUGCAAUCAUAUCAAGCUCAUCGAUGUCGAGGAACUGAACUACUGGACGUGCAAAGGAGAGGGAGAGAUAUGUGUGAGAGGACCAAAUGUGUUCAAAGGUUACUUGAAAGAUCCUGACAGGACAAAGGAGGCCCUGGACAGCGACGGCUGGCUUCACACUGGAGACAUUGGGAAAUGGCUGCCGGCAGGAACUCUUAAAAUUAUUGAUCGGAAAAAGCACAUAUUUAAACUUGCUCAGGGAGAAUACGUUGCACCCGAGAAGAUUGAGAACAUCUACAUCCGGAGUGAGCCUGUGGCGCAAAUCUAUGUCCAUGGGGACAGCUUAAAGGCCUUUUUGGUGGGCAUUGUUGUGCCCGACCCUGAAGUCAUGCCCUUCUGGGCCCAGAAGAGAGGAAUUGAAGGGACGUAUGUAGAGCUCUGCACAAAUAAGGAGCUGAAGAAAGCCAUUUUGGAAGAUAUGGUGAAGUUGGGAAAAGAAAGUGGACUCUAUUCUUUUGAACAGGUUAAAGCCAUUCACAUCCACUCUGACAUGUUCUCAGUUCAAAAUGGCUUGCUGACACCAACACUAAAGGCUAAGAGACCUGAGCUGAGAGAAUACUUCAGAAAACAAAUAGAAGAGCUUUACUCAAUCUCCAUGUGAAGUUCAAGGAAAGUCCUUCUCAGUACAAUGGACUGGAUAGCAAUAUUAUAGUUACUUUUGCAAGUAAUGAGCCAGAAUGGUGUAAAUGAAAAUAAGCUUGUGACGUUAUGACUGAGCCUUUUCCUGUUCCAAGAGGUCUUUAACAAUAUUUUCUCUAUCAUCACUGAGUACACUUUAUUUUUAUUGAAGUGAUAUUGUAGCGAGCUGCUAAAAAUAUCGCCAAACGGCAAUGUAAAAAUCAAGACUUUUCUCAAGAACUGUGUACCACUAAAAGUAAUAUAUUCUCAAUGUUCACAGAACUCCUAUUAAACAUAAAGGAAAACAUAACUGAUAUAUUGUACUUAAUUAUUUGUUGAAUAGUAACCAGAUACAGCAAAUAUCUAGGCAAUGUGGACUACCUCAUUCAAUAACUGAUUGUCAAAAUCACAAUUAAAUCAGACUUAAAAAAUCAAUACUAGGUGUACAGAAUCAUGCUAAAACAAAACAUAACUCACAUUCUACGUAACUUCAGAUUCUUUAAACAUGACCAUCCUUAUUGAUGUGAAAAGUUUUCUCAUGAAUUUUUACUUUGUUCAUGAAAAAUGCAAAAUCAGAUAUUCUUAAAACAAAUGUUAUAUUUAUAUAACAUUUUACAAAGAUUUUUCAAUACAUUUUCUCAUUUAUUAAGCUCAUUAAAAUAUUCAGGAACUACAAAAAAAAGUGUAUGUAAAACUACUUCAAGGAGAGUAUGUGUAUAUUCAUGGACUUCUUACCACAAUGAAUUCUAUAAGAUGUCUGUUGACUCCACAAUGACUGGACCUUUGGGGAAGACUUCGGAGAAGAAACCCAGAAUUAUUUCUCAGAGUGGCAGCAAUUAAUGUACCGAAUGUUCCUUGCUGGGUUCUUCCAGUCUUCCAUUCUCAACAUGUCCAUCCCGGGCCUGGGAAACCCAAUGUGGCUAUAAUUCUGAACAAUUUCACUUUCUUUCAGUAAGACAGGAUGUGGGGAGGUGGGGAUGUUAUUUCCAAAUGAAAUAAUUUUUCAACAACAUAAUUUUGAAGAACCUCUUCAAAAUGCCCCUAGAAAACUUUUUAAGUCCAUCAUAGAUACAUAUCUCCUUAGGGCAUAAUUCCAUUCAUAAAAUUUUUAAAUGCUUCUAUGCUCAACCAUGAAAACCUCCUCUCUCGCAUUAUAUUUAGACAUUUCUUACACUUGGGUGCCAGUUUUUUCAUAUAAUUAAAGCCUAGCUUAGACAGCAAUUAAGUUCCAAGCUACAGACUGUGUAUCUGUAGAAGGAACUUCUGUAGAGACAGGACUCCAAAAAGCAGAGAUGGGGGCAGUGUUCACAGUUCAGAAGCCCCUUUCCCCUGGGGCAAAUCUAAACUAUAAAUAAAUGCUAUUGGAUAAAAACUGCAUAAUCACACAGGCCUACUCGAUGAGUCUGCAUCAGUGAUUAUGCAUUUAUAUUUCAGUCUUGGCGCAAGUGGACCACAGCUCAUUUGAUGUACUUAUCCAAUCUUUUACAAAUUCCUUUGGUGUAUUUUCUCUGCAGACCCACUAUUUGCACUUAUAAAUUUGACUUCUAGUGACUGAGCUAGUUCUAUGCACAUUAAUUUUUAAAGGCAUCUCUGAAUAAACAAAUACUAAAAAUGUCCAAGGCCACACCUAUAUAGCAUUAUUUUUUAUAUUUAAUAUAUAUUUGACUAAUUAAAAGAGAAAAUCAUUACCUGAAUUGGAUAUUCAUACUGUUUUAAAGGCAAGUAGCUUCACAUCUCGAAGAAAAUGAAGCUGUUUCCCAUUGUCCUUCCAUUCAACUAAAAUUUCGUAGUUGGCUUUGUUUCCAAAAGGAUUUUGGACAAUGUAAUAUAAGCAAAUAAUUUAAAACUUAUUUUGAUCUAUU